AUGAAGAUGACGACCGAGACCACUUCAUCAUCACUUCUCGAUUCUUCCUCCGGCCAAUUCGCUCCGGUGACCCCUUUGGCCUCGGCCGAAGCCUUUCCGGCCGUCAUCGUUGCCGGCACGACCACUUCAGCCUCGCGACUGGCCCUGAUGAGCUCCGACGACUCCCUACCAUCGUCCGGUACCUCGACCCCCUUCUCCAAGAUGCCCUCCCCCUUCCGUCGCCGGGUGGACGGCGACCAGGUCAAGGGCGGCCUCUUCGUUGAUUUCGAGUCGUCGACGUCGCCUCCUCUCUCGCCCACAUCUACAACAUCUCUGAAGAUGGAACAGAUGGAAACAAAGGAAGAAGAUGAAGUGUCGCCCAGGAAGAAGGCCGGGUGGAGGUCGGGCGAGAAGAAAACGAAGAAAAAGAAGGGUCACAGCAAGGGAAGCGAAGACACGACGUCGACGGAUGACGGCGAGGGUUCGAGCCGCAGGAAAGCGCCGGGCCAACUGGUGAUCAGCAACGGCCGCGUACCGACCACGGCUGCGGCCGUAGCAAAGACCGAAAGCGAACGCGAAAGCGACGGCGAAAAGCGAAGAGCGGACAAAAAGAACGAAAGAGAAAGAGGUGCGGAGACGACUUCGACGCCCGGGAUGAUGCGAUGCACGUCGGACGGCGUGUCGCUGGUGCGCAAGGACCCGAAGCGGGCGGCCGCGCUGUCGCCGACCGCGUCGCGUGUCAACGAUGAAGAAGCAUUCGAACAAGAAGGAGAAGAAGGAGAAGGAAAGAAAGAGAAGAAAGAGAAGAAGGAGAAAAAGGCGGCCUCCAAGAAGGAGAAGGUGGAGGGCAGCAAGCGCGGCUCGCUUGUGCGACGCGCCAAGAGCGAGCGCAAGAUGAACCGCAUGGAGAAGCUGGACCACCAGCUCGGCACGCGCGGCCGUCGUGCCGACAUUGGCGUCGAUGGCGUCGGCGGUGGUUGGAUGGCCGAGAGCGCGCGAACGGUUCAGAUCGGCGGCAUACGCCGCGGGAUCAGCCUCGAGAACGAAGAGAUGACCAUCGAGCGGCUCCGGCAGCAGGCCCUGCUGCGCGAACACGAGCAGCUCCGCGAAAAGCUCGAGCGCGUCGAGCAACAGAAGAAUGAAGAGGAGGAGAAGGCGGCCACGAGCGUCGCUUCGGACGUGCGAGAAGAAAAGAAUGAAGACGACAACACGGAAAAGAACGAAGACGACCACGAUAAGAGUCGAGGCACGAUGGAGGAGCGCGUGCGGCGGUUGGAGGGCCUUGUCGAGCGUCUGGUCGGUGAGCAGGCCGACAUACGGCGCCAGCACGCCGAGGCCGUCGACGCGCUCAAGCGCGAGCACGAGGACGCGCUGCAGCAGAUGAUCCUCCAGAUGAAGCACCUUCGCGAGAGUCUGCUGCUGAGCGGCGGCGGCGGCGGCGGUCAGAAGAAGAAAGCCGCCAAUCGGGUCAUGAGCGGCAUUCUGCCGAUCACCGGCGGCGGCAGCAGCAGCAACUCGAGUCCCGACCUGGUCCACCGGCGUGCAUCGAUGGGCGCCUCGGGCGCGUCGUCGGUGCUGACCCGAUCGAGCUCGUCGCUGCUGGGGUCCCCCACCAGCGAGGAGUCUGCGCGACCACGCGACUCCGAUGCGGCCAACGACAAGCCCAGCGUCGCGCCUCUCAUCCUCGUCAACACGCCGUACCAGAUCGAUCAGCGCUCUGCCACUGCGCGUCCGCGUUCGCGGAGCGUCAAGGAGCGGCCGGCGGGCGGAGAGCCCAGCAGGAAGGGCCUCACCUUCCGCAGCCUCAGCUCGCGCUUCCUCGACAAGUCGUCGUCGUCAUCGUCGUUGUCGUCGGCGUCGGCGGCGUCGCGUCAGCGCGUCGACAGUCUCACGACGGGCAGCAACAGCUGGCACCACAGCCGCGACGCCGGCAGCAAGCGGGUCAAGCGCAGGAAGAACGAUCUCAGCCGGAAGAGCGGGAGCAGCGGCGGCAGCGGGAGCGAAAGCAAGCGGGAGAGCGACAGCGAUGAUGAUGACGAUGAGGGUGACGACAAUGAAGGUGAUGGUGGUGACGAUGGGCGGCUGGCGAUGAAGAUGAUGACGCGGGGCCGAUCGCAGUCGUCGCCGCGACUGCAUUCGGUGGCGCCUCCCUCGCCGCUGUCCUCCGGGCGCAGGCGCAGCAAGGCCGACGAGGAAAAGCGCAGCAAGCCCUUUUGGCCCUUCAGCCCCCGCGAUCCACCGAAGACUGCGGCGUGGGCCAAGCUGUUGGAUGAGCCGUCCGAGGCCACAGCCGCCGCCGCCGGUGUUGACGGCGAUACCCACCAGCAGCAGCAGAAGGAGCGCACACCGGACGAAGUGGCACGGCUGGCGGCGGAGCUGCACGAGGCCUGCCAGAGCCUGGAUGUGGAGCGCGCCGAGGCCGUGCUCAAGGCCGCCAAGCAGAAGGGCUUCGAGAAGCUGCGCGCCGCACUCGCCGGCCUCAACGCGCAGGGCGAGACUCCUCUCCAUGUGGCGAGCGAGCGCAACCCGGUGGGACUGGUGCCGAUGCUUCUGCAGUAUGUGCAGAAGGCGGAGAGUGAACUCCACCGCUCGAACCCCAACCCGGCGGUCCAGUCGCUGGUCAACUUUCGCAACGAUCGCGACUGGACUCCCCUCCACUCGGCAGCCUGGGCGGGCCAGCUGCUCAAUUGCCGCCUGUUGUUGAAGGCCAACGCCGAUGCCUCGCUGUUGACCGUCAGCGGCGUGUCCGUGCUUCACAAACUAUUCGACCCCCAGCACGACGAUGAGACGAUCCAGCGACACAGCCGAGAGGAGCUGAUGAACCUGGUGGCGGACAUGGUGGACCUCGGCGCGCCCGUCAACGCCCGAUCCGUCCAGUCCGGCGAAACGGCCCUACACCUCGCGUGUUCGCGAGGCAAUGUCACCGCGGUGCAGUGUCUAUUGGAACACGGGGCCGACCCCAACCUGUGCGCCACCAGCACGCGGGAGACGAGCCUCCACUACGCGGCGCGCGGCGGCAAGGAAGCGAUCGCCAGGUUGUUGCUGGCGUCUGGAGCGGACCCAGAGGUGGUGGGCGCCCACGGCACGCCGCUAGAGGUGGCCAAGGCUGCAGGGCAGGAGUGCGUGGUGCCGUUCCUGGUGCAGGCUCGGACCCGCACCUCGGACAACCCCGGCGGCGGCUGCAAGAAGAGCGAAAACGAAAGCGAAAGGCAAGAAACAAAGAACGAAGACGACGAGCGACGGCACAAAGAGUGA